AUGAAUAGAAAAGUUACAGAGAGAAGAAAUUUGUAAUUGAAGAGAAGAUGAAAUGGAAUCUCUCCUCGCACGCAAUCGAAGAAAACUGAGAGAGAGAGUUUGUGAAUUCUCACAAACAACAAAAGAAGCGAAAGAAAGCGAGAAAAAUUCUCUAAGCCUUCGAUCCAAAUUCGCCGAGAAACCUACAGAAACCACAAUCAUUCAACCAUAGACUCUCUCUCUCUCUCUCUCUCUAUCUCUCUCUUUUCCCUCAUCAAAGUUGAUCAUUGUCGCUUUCCUUUAAUCGAAUCAAUCCCCUUUUCUUUUUCUUCUCUUUUCUUUCCCCCACUUCGUUUUCCUCUAGUUUCCCAGCCACCCCUUUUGUUUGUUUCCUUCAUAUCUCCUUCUACUCUUCCCUCACUUCUUCCUCCAAUUGGGUUCUUUUCUGCUGACCCACAUGUUCUUUUGAGCUUUUGAUUCUUGGGAUUCGGCGUCGGAGCUGGUUGCUUGUCUUCUGCGGAUCGCUCCGUCGUUGAAAUAAUAUUUAUCGGAUUCAGUUGUAUAUGAAAUGAGUUGGAACAACACGCAGACAGAAGUUCAUCAUGUUAACACCAAUUAUCCUUAUAACACUGCUGGAAGUUUUCUGGAAUACUUUGAAGGACUUACCUACGAACACGUAAAUUUCAUUUUUUCAGGUGCUUCACAUUCUCAGGAGAAUGUUUAUCCUCCACUAAAUUCAAACUUUUACAAGUUUGGGUUUUCUGAUUUUGGGAGUCCUGCUUAUUACAACCAACCUCAAGCUUAUAGGAUGCAUGAUCACGAGCCCAUAAUUUAUGAACAUAGAAGGCUCGAAAGCUCUGCAACUCAGCCUAAUUUACAGAGUACCAUAAAUCCUGAAUUCGAAGAAAUUACAAAUACUAUAGCAUUUGACAACCAUGUAGAAUUCCUGAUAACAGAUUUUCUCUCAGGUCCAAGGAGACACCAUAAUUCACAUGAUUUUCAGGUUGUUUGGCAAGACAAUGUAGAUCCUGAUAAUAUGACUUAUGAGGAAUUAUUAGAGUUGGGUGAGACAGUUGGAACUCAAAGUCGAGGUCUUUCUCAAGAAUUGAUUGCUUUGCUUCCGAUAUCGAAGUACAAAUAUAGUUUCUUCUCAAGGAAAAAAUCUCGUGGAGAGAGAUGUGUGAUAUGCCAGAUGGAAUAUAAACGAGGUGAUCGGCGGAUCACUCUGCCAUGCAAACAUAUCUAUCAUGCUGGUUGUGGAACCAAAUGGCUUAGCAUCAACAAGGCUUGCCCCAUAUGUUACACAGAGGUGUUUGGUGAUACUUCAAAACGCUAAAAGUCUUCUUCUCUACUUCAUUGUUAGAUGACAGAAGAACAUAAUCUUGUUAUUGUUUAUUAUUUUUGAAAUUUUUGUGAAAAUAUGGAGUGGCAAUCUCUUGAUUCUCUUUCUUAAAUAUUCCCACUUUAGUGAUAUGGCAGUGCUGAAGUGAAUAAAGAUUAAUUCCCUUAUAUUAGCUUUACCAGUGUUUGGUGUU